CUCCUUCUCGGUCUAGUCCCUCCUCCUCCCGCCCAGCCUCCCCACGUCCCGACCCGUGCGAGCUAGACGUCUGGGCAGCCCGGGCUCAGCGCGCAGCAGCCUCCCUCCGCUUCCCGCACCGUGCGCUCGCCCCGGGCCAGGGUGUCUGGAGCGAGUCCCGGAGGCCACCACCUCCCAGACCAACCGGUCACCUGGACGCGCGCCUGAGUCCAGGUCGCGUCGCUGUCGACGCGGUCACCGAGCACCGCUGUGGGACUCCGUCCAUCUCGGAUUAAAACCGGAGAGCCGGAGCCAACCUCUCCUGGGCAGAGAUGCGACCCUCAGGGACGGCGAGAGUGGCGCCGUGGGUGCUGCUGGCCGCGCUCUGCACCUCAGGUGGGGCGCUGGAGGAAAAGAAAGUUUGCCAAGGAACAAGUAACAGGCUCACCCAACUGGGCACUUUUGAAGACCACUUUCUGAGCUUGCAGAGGAUGUUCAACAACUGUGAAGUGGUCCUUGGUAACUUGGAAAUUACCUACGUGCAAAGGAAUUACGACCUUUCCUUCUUAAAGACCAUCCAGGAGGUGGCUGGCUAUGUGCUCAUUGCCCUCAACACUGUGGAGAGGAUCCCUCUGGAGAACCUGCAGAUCAUCAGGGGAAAUGCUCUGUAUGAAAACACCUAUGCCUUAGCCGUCCUGUCCAACUAUGGGGCAAACAGAACUGGGCUCAGGGAACUGCCCAUGCGAAACUUACAGGAAAUCCUGACCGGUGCUGUGCGGUUCAGCAACAACCCCAUCCUCUGCAAUGUGGAGAGCAUCCAAUGGAGAGACAUCGUCCACAACGACUUUCUGAGCAACAUGUCGAUGGACUUACAGAACCAUCUGAGCAGCUGUCAAAAAUGUGAUCCGAGCUGUCCCAAUGGAAGCUGCUGGGGAGUAGGAGAGGAGAACUGCCAGAAACUGACCAAAAUCAUCUGUGCCCAGCAAUGUUCCCGGCGUUGCCGUGGCAGGUCCCCCAGUGACUGCUGCCACAACCAGUGUGCCGCCGGGUGUACAGGGCCCCGAGAAAGUGACUGCCUGGUCUGCCACAGGUUCCGAGACGAAGCCACGUGCAAAGACACCUGCCCACCCCUCAUGCUGUACAACCCCACCACAUAUCAGAUGGAUGUCAACCCUGAGGGGAAGUACAGCUUUGGAGCCACCUGUGUGAAGAAGUGCCCCCGAAACUAUGUGGUGACAGAUCAUGGCUCGUGUGUUCGGGCCUGUGGUCCUGACUACUAUGAAGUGGAAGAAGAUGGUGUCCGCAAGUGUAAAAAAUGUGACGGGCCCUGUCGCAAAGUUUGUAAUGGCAUAGGCAUUGGUGAAUUUAAAGACACACUCUCCAUAAAUGCUACAAACAUCAAACACUUCAAAUACUGCACUUCCAUCAGCGGGGACCUUCAUAUCCUGCCUGUGGCCUUUAAGGGGGAUUCCUUCACACAUACUCCGCCUCUAGACCCACGGGAACUAGAAAUUCUAAAAACUGUAAAGGAAAUAACAGGAUUUUUGCUGAUUCAGGCUUGGCCUGAAAACUGGACUGACCUCCAUGCUUUUGAGAACCUAGAAAUAAUACGUGGCAGAACAAAGCAACAUGGUCAGUUUUCUCUGGCAGUUGUUGGCCUGAACAUAACAUCAUUGGGAUUGCGUUCCCUGAAGGAAAUAAGUGAUGGAGAUGUAGUCAUUUCUGGAAACCGAAAUUUGUGCUACGCAAACACAAUAAACUGGAAAAAACUCUUUGGGACGUCUGGUCAAAAAACCAAGAUUAUGAACAACAGAGCUGAGAAAGAUUGCAAAGCCGUGAACCAUGUCUGUGAUCCUCUGUGCUCCUCAGAAGGCUGCUGGGGCCCAGAGCCCAGGGACUGUGUCUCCUGCCAGAACGUCAGCAGGGGCAGGGAGUGCGUGGCGAAGUGCAACAUCCUGGAGGGGGAGCCAAGGGAGUUUGUGGAGAAAUCUCAGUGUAUCCAGUGUCAUCCCGAAUGUCUGCCCCAGACCAUGAACAUCACCUGUACAGGCCAGGGCCCGGACAACUGCAUCAAGUGUGCCCACUACAUUGAUGGCCCACACUGUGUCAAGACCUGCCCAGCUGGGGUCAUGGGGGAGAACAACACCCUGGUCUGGAAGUACGCGGACGCCGAUAAUGUCUGCCACCUCUGCCAUCCAAACUGCACCUAUGGAUGUACUGGUCCAGGUCUUCGAGGAUGUCCAACUGGGCCCAAGAUCCCAUCUAUCGCCACUGGGAUUGUGGGUGGCCUCCUCUUCAUUGUGGUGGUGGCCCUUGGGAUAGGCCUGUUCAUGCGAAGGCGCCACAUUGUCCGAAAACGUACAUUACGCCGUCUGCUUCAGGAGAGAGAGCUCGUGGAGCCUCUUACACCCAGCGGAGAAGCUCCCAACCAAGCCCUGCUGAGGAUCUUGAAGGAAACAGAGUUCAAAAAGAUCAAGGUCCUGGGUUCUGGAGCAUUCGGCACAGUGUAUAAGGGUCUCUGGAUCCCAGAAGGUGAAAAAGUGAAAAUUCCUGUGGCCAUCAAGGAGUUAAGAGAAGCCACAUCUCCAAAAGCCAACAAGGAAAUCCUUGAUGAAGCCUAUGUGAUGGCCAGUGUGGACAAUCCUCAUGUAUGUCGCCUCCUGGGCAUCUGCCUGACCUCCACUGUCCAGCUCAUCACACAGCUCAUGCCCUACGGUUGCCUCCUGGACUAUGUCAGAGAGCAUAAGGACAACAUUGGCUCUCAGUACCUACUCAACUGGUGUGUGCAGAUUGCAAAGGGCAUGAACUAUCUGGAAGAUCGGCGCUUGGUGCACCGUGACCUGGCAGCCAGGAACGUCCUGGUGAAGACACCACAGCAUGUCAAGAUCACAGACUUUGGGCUGGCCAAACUGCUCGGUGCUGAGGAGAAAGAAUACCAUGCAGAGGGGGGCAAAGUGCCUAUCAAGUGGAUGGCUUUGGAAUCAAUUUUACACCGAAUUUACACACACCAAAGCGAUGUCUGGAGCUAUGGAGUCACUGUGUGGGAACUGAUGACCUUCGGGUCCAAGCCUUAUGAUGGAAUCCCUGCAAGUGAGAUCUCAUCCAUCCUAGAGAAAGGAGAGCGCCUUCCACAGCCACCUAUCUGCACCAUCGAUGUCUACAUGAUCAUGGUCAAGUGCUGGAUGAUAGAUGCUGAAAGCCGCCCAAAGUUCCGUGAGUUGAUUGUUGAAUUCUCCAAAAUGGCCCGAGACCCCCAGCGCUACCUUGUCAUCCAGGGAGAUGAAAGAAUGCAUUUGCCGAGCCCUACAGACUCCAACUUUUACCGCGCCCUGAUGGAUGAGGAGGACAUGGAAGAUGUAGUUGAUGCCGAUGAGUACCUCAUCCCACAGCAAGGCUUCUUCAGCAGCCCAUCCACAUCUCGGACACCUCUCCUGAGUUCUCUGAGUGCAACCAGCAACAAUUCCACUGUGGCUUGCAUUAAUAGAAAUGGGAGCUGUCGGAUCAAGGAAGACAGCUUCUUGCAGCGGUACAGCUCUGACCCCACUGGUGCCUUAAUAGAGGACAACAUAGAUGAUACAUUCCUCCCUGCGCCUGAAUAUAUAAACCAGUCUGUUCCUAAAAGGCCAGCAGGCUCCGUGCAGAACCCUGUCUAUCACAAUCAGCCCCUGCACCCAGCUCCUGGCAGAGACCUGCAUUAUCAGAAUCCCCAUAGCAAUGCCGUGGGUAACCCUGAGUAUCUCAACACUGCCCAGCCCACCUGCCUCAGUAGUGCAUUUGACAGCCCUGCAAUCUGGGUCCAGAAAGGCAGCCACCAAAUGAGCUUGGACAACCCUGACUACCAGCAGGACUUCUUUCCCAAGGAAGCCAAGCCAAAUGGCAUCUUUAAGGGCCCCACAGCCGAAAAUGCAGAAUACCUACGGGUAGCACCCCCCAGCAGCGAGUUCAUCGGAGCAUGACAUAGAGGGCCAUCAUGCCAGCUACAAAAUUUCCAGACUUUGCCGAAGCCCAGGACCAAGCCGUGGCUGCACCUCCACUUCCUACAGCCAUGCCCACGUUGUGCCAAAUGUCAGAACCUCAGACUGGUUUUUAAACCGUAACUCUGACAGGCUUUGUCAUUGAGCCAAGAAGCGGGCCCCUCCCCUGGUGCACUUUGGGAAGUUGAAGGUACGUCUUUUAAUCUUCAAAAUGUGAAGAUUCCACAAAAAUGCAUCCAUCAAGAAUGUUGUCCAUUGGAACAGAAGUUUACCUCAUGGUGAGGUACAUAGGGAAAAAAACAUACAUACAGAGAUUUGCUGCACAGGGACCUUUGGGAUUUUUAUUGUCUUUAUCAGUUUGAUUUACGGGCUUUCCCAAGGAGGAAGAAGUUUGCUUGGAGUAUGUAUGACACAGAGUUGCCUAGAGCUAAUUGUGACUAGAACGGUUGGUUCUCCUAGCUCUGCUUCAAGACACUUCCGUGGCAAGACAGGACACAGGAAGACCUGCGCCCCUGAGCAGGCUACACUAUACAGCAUUAAUCAUGGCAGGUACAAUAGGUUAAGCCACUUUGUUAUGUACUAGGGCUGGGAGAAGAUGGAUAAAGGGAUAGAAUUUUACUCAGACUUACUUUUACAUAAAUAUGUCCCUGGUACUUAACACAUACUAGCUUAUCAGUGUUUUCUAUUAGACUUCCUUUUAUGUUUUCUGCUUUGUUGUUUUGAGUUGUAAUAUGCUUUCUUGUCUUGGUUUCAUGAAGUCAACAACAACAAAAAGCAGUAUUCUCAAAGAACAGCUACUAUCCUACAUUUAAAUAAUCCGUGUUCUAAACGAAAGCCUUUAGUUAAGAUGGAGGGACGAUGCAAAAGUUCACAGAGAAAUAUUUUAGUCUCUGCAUCAUGUCUGUUGAGGUGUGUAUCAUGAGACUACAAAAGUGAUGCUGCUCUUCAAAUCCCCUCUGCCUUCACCCCUACACACCACAAAACUUGUAUAAGCCAUGCAUGGAGGAUAAUCUUUUUCAUUUUUAAAUUUGUUUACUGGAGAUAUUUUUUUUCUCCCUGAUAAGCUGCCACCAAAUGUUUUCUUUCCAUUUGAGGAAGUUUAUCUAGGCUACUAUGGAAUAAGUGACAGCGCAUGGUGGGACUGGCAUGCAGGCCUCGGGAAAAAGAAUGUUAAAAACAGAGUGGAAUUCGAGCGGCAAGCAUGCAUUAAGAGCUUGAAAGUGACGACAGUGCUUUGGGGAGAAAUUCAUGCCUAGGUAAUGAAUUUCACCACUACCAUUGGUGCAUCUAGCGACUCGAGAUCGCAGUGUUUGUUUUUACUUUGGUCAUCCUUGUAGGCAAAUUGAUUGAUAGCCAUUUUUGGUAAACAAUAUUUUAAUGCUCUUGGUGUCUAUCCCUUCUCAUUUAUCAAGGGGUGGACAGAAGUGAACUCAUAAACACUAACCAUAAACCAGACCAGACAUAUCAGCCAGGCACCAAGAGCACAGACCAGGGAUGAUGCAUUCUAUUAGAGACAUCUAAAAACUUCACAACUAGAUAAUGUUGUUGGUUAUGCUCUGAGAAUAAAAAGUCUUAAACACCAGGGAAUGGAAAGUAUGCAUUCAUAGAGCAGCGGUUCUCAACCUUCCUAAUGCUGCGGCCUUUAAUACAGUUCCUCAUCUUGUAGUGACCCUCCACCACAACAUUAUUUCAUUGCUACUUCAGAACUGUAACUUUGCUACUGUUAUGAAUCACAGUGUAAAUAUCUAAUAUGCAGAAUAUCUGAUAAUGCAACCUCUGUAGGGGUCAUGACCCACAGGUUGAGAAGCACUGCCUUUUAAGACCUCAACCAAGAGGGUAGUAACCAGGGGACUCGGUAAGUGAGUCAAGUACAAGGCCAAGUUAUUCUUCCUGACACACUUGCUGCUCCCUCAAGCCUGGGAAUUAGAGUUGCAAGAUCCUCUGAGUUUCCUAACUGUUGUUCACUCCUGGCAAUGUCAGACUGUCCUCUAUGAAAAUAAGCAAUGAAAAAAAUUAAGCAACAUUUCUAGAGUUUGAAAUUCCAUGCCAUUGCCAGAAAAUGCCACUUUGAUCAUUAUCCACCAAGAAUGCAGAGGAAACAUUUAGGCAGGUGUUUGCUCAGAAUUGGGAUAUAGAAUGACUUGCUUGUCAGAAGCAGGAGACCGGUGAGGGAGAGCAGUUGAAAGCCAGUCAAAUUGUAGCAAUGAAAUCCUAGGAUUUUUUUACUUUGAGACACUUUCUUAUAACAAAAUAAAGAAGCAAAAGCUAUUCAAACUUGCUUUUCUUCUUAUGUAAGUAUUCUGCAUUAAGUUUAGUUGUUGUCAGGGCUAACGUUAUGUUUGUCCAUGUGUCCUCUGUGUGUCUGUGCAGGGAGACAUGGAGCUCUGAGAGCUGAGAUGCAGACCCUUUUGCAGGGAUUCCCAACUUCCCUGAUGCUGCAGCCCAUUAAUACAGUUCCCCCAUGUUGGUAUAUAAGGAGCCCAUAUCAUUAUACCUUAUGAAAAUUACUUUUUUACCUCAUGAUGGGAAAUGAUAAUCUCUUAAAUCCUUAAUCCCUCUGCCAUAAACUUUAUAGAGACAUGCUCUUGUGAGGCAGCAAAUUGCAUUCCAGCCAAUGAUAACAUGGUUUAGAGAAUUUUUUUUAAUUUUUUAUUAAUUACACUUUAUUCAUUUUGUAUCCCCCCAUAAGCCCCUCCCUCCUCCCCUCCCGAUCCCACCCUCCCACCCCUUUCUGCAUGCAUGCCACUCCCCAAGUCCACUCUUAGGGGAGGUUCUCCUCUUCUUUCUGGUUUAGAGAAUUUUUAAACACUCUUUCUUUUUGCUCUUGCAUUCCACCCAUCCCCAAACUGUAGACCUAAAAGGGCCUUGAACUGCAUAAGUACCAAAGGCCUGGUUCUGGGUGCUGUGCUAUCAUGAGAAAUUUCCAGCCAGCAACAUUUCAACUCGAUUGGUCUUAAACCCGUGGACUUUUCAGAGUACACACAGGAUAUUUCAAUAAACACCAAAAUCAAGAGACACUGGAGGAGAAAAAAAUUAAAAGACUUGAGAAGGGGACUCUUGGCAGCAGUGGUGGCUGCUCAUCUGUGUUCAUUGGUCACACUUGUAUAAGACAACGCUGGUACAUGAUGAUGGCGUACUCAUUUCUACCCUCACUGCAAAUGAGAAUUCCUUGAAGAGCUUAAAUCUCCCCAGUCCCUACAGUCUAAUGCAGUCAGAAUCCCAGAGAGGCACCCCAUUUGGGGUUCUAGUAGAGAGCCUGGGAUGAAGUUUGCACUGUCUUCAUCAAUUGGACAGGCCUGCCACUCUACUCUGUCCAAAGUCAGAGUUGAAUAAAAGGGCCUGGGUAGGGGAGAGCCCCACCCUGGCUCACAGAAAGCAUAAUCUGCAGUCAUCACUAUGCCUGAGUUGGGCACAAGUGUGGCCUUUCCAAAAUCCUCCUUUUUCUUUCUUUCUUUUUUUUUUUCCAGCACAACCUUUAUCCUGAAAAUGGCAAAUAUGUAAAGCUGAGCCUUCCUAAAGUCCUGGGACAUCUUGUUAAAGUCUUGGGACAUUUUGUGUUAUCUGAGAAACAAGGCAUAAAACAGACCACCCUCCACCUCCCCUGAAUAAGCAGUUCCCAACUGAAUAAGCAGUUGAAUAAGCAGAUGUUAAAACUUCGCUUAAUCUCUACUUUCUUUUGAUAAGCAUGUGUUAGUAUUACAGCAUGGUGAUCUGUUUACAUUCCCUUGCUUCAGGGCUGUAAAACCUUAACCGAGCAGAAAUCCCUCACUCUUUCUCCCAGCCACACCUGCCAUUCCAGAGACAAAAAUCUUUGUACUGUUAAAGUCACAUUUAGACAGAAUUUGUAAAUGUAAAUGUAUUUUUGUAACUUUUUUUCAGUAUAGUGUUCUCUUUAUGUAGCACUGAACUCUGUAAAGUAUAUUUUUUUAGGAAACUCAUUCUUUUAUCUUUUUUUUUAACUAAAGAAAACUGUUGCUUUAGAAAAACUGCAAUGAAAUUGAAAUCUUUGCUGAAAAUGGUUCAACUGGGGUGAGAAGUCUAUUUUCUCUUAGUGAAUAAGCAGCCUCAUCGCAGAACUAAGCUAGGUCGGUCAUUGCCACAGUGAAUGAGAGGAGGGUCGUUUCAGCACCAUACAGACAGAAAAGGGGAAAGGCGCAUGAGCUUAGUGCUGCUGUGAACAAGAGCUAUGGAUUCUGGGGCAAGGUUAGCAUAGGGAUGCCUGCCUGCUCAUCACUACCAGAAGAAUUUAAAUGUGUGUCAUUCUCUGAUGAUCCAAUAUGACCUUGUAAAUGUAAGAGAUUCAAUAAUGCAACACUUUGUUGGUUUACAUAUGCUAACGUGACAUUAACACCAAUUACUUUGUUUUUAUACUUACGAUGUUGUUCACUUAUUACUGUGUCCUAGAAAUGUCUAAAAAGCAACAACAAUAUUUGUGCUGUUUGCCUUACUCACUAUAUUCCUUAAAAUCUACCAAGUGCAGACAUGGUCACUCCAGAGAAGGUUUUGUCAGUCAUGCAUGCACCAUAAAAUCACCUAGGUUGGCUUUAAAACUCUUGAAACACAGCCAUACCCAAGAACAAAUAUGAAUCUUCAUGGGGCAAAAUCUGGGAAUUUUUACAUUUUAGAAGUCCUAAGUCCCUUGUCAUGUAUAGACAAUGUUAAAAAUCACCAACUUGGGGAUUAGCUCCAGACUCACAGCUGACUCUGUAGAUGCAGAUGGUAUCCAGACCCAGAGAACCCUACACCUGCUUGUCAGCAUCUUUCGGGGGGGGGGGGGUCCAGGAACCUAGGCAGGAUUCCCAUGGCAGCUGUCCAGGCAGUGAAGGGUAAAGCAUCUAGCCAACAGAUGUAGCCGAGGGAAAUGAAACAAAGACAUCCCCCCACCAUCACAGCGUUGCCUAGGCGAGCUCUAGGAAGAAUGAGUGCUGGUAAGGUAAAGGUAUGACGCUGCUUCUGUGUCUAGCACCACUGGCAACCCACCAACCUGUGGCAACCCACUAACCUCCAUCAUCCAGAAUGAAAAUGCUGACCUUUUAUUUUGACUGCAAAGGGCAGACUUUAAGACAAUUGCUAAAUACUUGGGCGGCUCUUGCGAAAAUAAAACUCCAAGAAGGGGCAUCUUGCACUAAGAAACACACAUGCAUGCAUGUGCACCCCACACGCAGAUACACUGCACCUCGGAUAAAAACUGAAGCAGCUAAUCCACAUUUUCCUGCCGUGUGUGUACAUGCACAGUAGUCCUCUGAGCUCUAAACCUGUCUUGCCCAACUCACCAACAAAAUUGCUAGGAGUCAUUACGUCAACACCGGCAGAAAACUCCAAGAGGAUAAAGUUUACCCAUCUUCCAUGCACCUUUUAUUUUGAAAUUGUAAUGCCCUACUCUCCUGAUUUGGAUACAAAGUAUUGUUGCUGUGUAAUAUACUGGCCUGGAAAUGAAGACACCCCAGGAUAUGAUGACUAUUUCUAGACAUAAUGACAUGACUGAUUAACACCAGACAGCUAUAAUUUCAUGUUAGUUUCUUUCAAGCUUUACAGCUUCAUAUAUGGUACAUUUUAACUUUGGAAAGUUUCACAACAAUGAAAGCAAUAUUUGUACAAAUGCAAAGCCAGAUGUCGUUUAUAUGCUGUUGAUUAGAAUGUGCUGAUUGUACACUAUUAAACAUUAGAUGUAUGUCCUUUAUUGUUUGCUACUCCUAAGAACUUAAUAAUUUUGCAUUCUUUGUUAACAGUGCAAUGUUGUUUUCUAUUAUCGUUCAUGUCUGACUAUAGACAUUUUUUUCUUGA